AUGUCCACGUUGGUCACCAUCUACCGACGUAUGGACCCGCCCCAAGACCUUUGGAUUCCUCAAUCGGGGCACAGAAGACUCCAUCGACAGACGACACACGACACACGACACACGACACACGACACACGAUACAAAAUCUCAUCUGGUCCUGGUGUUGACGGUGCGGUGGCUGCCCCGUCUACGGGGAGGACCAGACCACAGACCGAGAAGAAGCUCGGUGGAGGAAAGGGAUUCGAAUCGUCCUGGUCAUGGUUUUUACCGGCACCCAAAAAGGGGUUUGCCGGGUUUUCCCAUGGCCCCGUCGGGAUGAAGACAGCAUCAGCAUCAGCAUCAAUCGGCAUCAGCAUCUACAUCAACAUCAACAUCAACAUCAACAUCAACAUCAACAUCAUCGACAUCAAAGAAAACCAGCCACCGGUGUUCAUCCCACGGCUCGAAUGGGGGGAUCUUGCCAUUUGA